UGACUUAAUCCCGCUUGAGUCGCCUCGAAGGAAGCAUAUCAACCUCAUUACCGACUGCUGCUGCUGCAAUCGGAUCAUGAUCGUAUAAAUAUGACUGCGCGCCACCGCAACCGACUAGGCUCAAUAUUGCUGUUUUCAGAGGCAAGUCUCUCCAUCCACUACUGGCAGAGGGAGUGUUUGCAGCCUCGCGCAGUUAAUCGAAUCAAGAAUGCAGCUUAUCGGCGAAACUCUGCUCAUCAUUGUGCUCGUGCGAUUGACCGGUGACGUUGCCGCGGCAUCCAUUGACUCCGGAUCAACGACGUCAAUUACGGAAUCCAGCUCGCAGCGUUUUCUGAUAAAUAAUCAGCGGCUCAGUACGCAGAAGCCCAAUGUCGGCAGCUUAUCGUCCAAGGGGGCGGCAAGUCAGGGCUGGUUCCGCAACACAUUGUCCGUUUAUUCAAGGAUACAGCCACGGGUGGGACGAGAUACGAAAGGAGUGCAAGCGGACGUUGACGAGAGUAGGCAAUCCGUGCAGUAUUCCGAGAAAAAUGUUCCAAAUAUAAUGAUAUAUGCAUGAAAUUUC